UGUGACGCGGGGGCCUGGAAACGUUUCUCAUCAGGAUGCAAUGAGAGGGAAAACAACCGUCAGCGGACGGAGAGGUUGUCGUCGUCAAUGUUGUCGCCGGGAACUUAAUCGGGGAUCGGUCUGAGCUCUGACGACGUUCGCUCCCCAGCUUUAAAGAUUCUGAUUGAGAAUGGAGAAACCCCCUUUUAAGCAGGUUCAGACAUGUGGGUCUUGGGAUCUCAAGGAACGCCUUGGAGCAGGAGGCUUUGGACAUGUCUAUAUGUACGAACAUAAGAGUACUGGAGAAAGGAUUGCAGUUAAAGCCUGCCGUUUGGAGUUGAGUGCAAGAAACAAAGAGAGGUGGUGCCAUGAGAUUCAAAUUAUGAAAAAGUUAAACCACGCAAAUGUUGUGAAAGCUCGUGAAGUUCCGGAGGAAAUGCAGGGUAUUGCAUUUAAUGACGUCCCUCUACUCGUGAUGGAAUUCUGUACAGGAGGUAACUUGCGUAAGUUAUUGAGCAAGCCUGAAAACUGCUGUGGACUUAAAGAAAGCCAAGUAUUAAGCUUAUUACAGGAUGUUGGUUCUGGCAUCCAAUAUUUACACGACCACAGGAUUAUCCAUCGAGAUCUAAAGCCUGAAAAUAUUGUGUUGCAAGAAGAUAAUGGCAAGUUGAUACACAAAAUAAUUGACUUGGGCUAUGCCAAAGAUCUGGACCAAGGAAGUCUUUGCACAUCUUUUGUAGGGACAUUACAAUACCUGGCUCCAGAACUAUUUGAUUCACAAUCUUACACGGUCACUGUCGACUAUUGGAGCUUUGGAACACUAGUAUUUGAGUGCAUCUCAGGCUUUCGGCCGUUUUUGCAUAAUAUGCAGCCUUUCCAAUCGCAAGACAAAGUUAAAAUCAAGGGCCAAUAUGACAUUAUGGCUAUUGAAGAGAUGAAUGGUGAAGUAAAGUUCUCCACAAAUUUACCGCAGCCCAAUGGCCUUAGCAGCUUAAUGGUAAAACCAUUGGAGACAUGGCUGCAAAUGAUGCUGGUUUGGGAUCCAAAACAACGGGGUGGUAUUACAGAUCCAAACACAAAUCGACCAGCAUGCUUCUUGCUUCUGGAGCAGAUUUUAAGUCAGAAGUUUGUUCAUAUAUUAAAUAUGACUUCUGCCCGGGUUCAUUCCUUUUUGAUCAAACCUGAUGAGAGCCUGCAUUCUCUUCAAAUGCGCAUUGAAACUGAAACAGCAAUUGCUGCUGCAAAUCAGGAGUUGCUUGUGGAAACUGGAAUUUCCUUGGAUCCUCGUAAGCCUGCCAAUCAAUGUGUGCCAGAUGUGAGAGGCUGGGACAGGUACAUGGUGUACCUCUUCGAUAAAAGUAGUACCAUCUAUGAAGGGCCCUUUGUUGCCAGAAAAUUACCAGAACAUGUAAAUUAUGUUGUGCGGGAUGCUAAGAUAAUGUUGCCCAAUGUACAACUGAGGAAAGUGUGGGGUGAAGCUGUGAAUUAUGUCUGUGGAUUAAAGGAAGACUACAGCAGAUUGUUCCAGGGCCAGAGAGCUGCAAUGUUGAGUCUACUUCGUUAUAACAAUAACCUUACAAAAAUGAAAACAACAAUGUUUUCUAAUUCUCAGCAGUUGAAGGCUAGGUUGGAUUUCUUUCAGUCCAGCAUUAAGCUUGAUCUGGAAAAGUACAGUGAGCAAAUGGCAUAUGGAAUAUCUUCUGAGAAGAUGCUAAAAGCAUGGAAGGAAAUGGAAGAGAAAGCAGAGGCUUGUAAACAGGCUGCUGAAAUUGGCCAUUUGGAAGAACAAAUCAUGGGUCUGCACAGUGAGAUAGUGGAACUGCAGAGGAGCCCAUAUGCGAGACGACAGGGAGAUGUUAUGGAAAACCUUGAACAGAAAGCCAUUGAUUUAUACAGGAAGCUCAAGGGAAAACCAAAAGACUCGCAUCAAUAUGGAGACAGUACAGAGAUGGUGAAGAUCAUUGUGCAGACAGUUCAGAAUCAAGAUCGUGUGCUGAAGGAGCUGUAUACCCAUCUCAGUAAAUUGUUGGCCUGUAAGCAGAAGAUCAUUGAUCUUUUUCCAAAGAUUGAACAAGCACUUGACAACAUCAGAGAAAAUGAAAAAAUGUUGUUGAGAUCACAAGAGAAACGACAGAAAGAAAUAUGGUAUUUGUUAAAGAUUGCAUGUAGCACAGCUCGAGGACCUGAAAGUGCCAGUCCUGAGUCGUCAUGUUCACCCCAUGGUUUAGGGUGGGCACAGCAAGGACAAACUUUAAUGCCACAAAAUACUUUGCCGAACCCGUUGUCCUCUAUAUCUGUAUUGAAAAAGAGUGAAUCAUCAAUGACUGUAAUCGAAGAAAACCAGUGUUUCUGCAGCCAGUUGCACAGUCUGAUGCAAGAAACUCUAUCAGAACAGAAAUACAGUAUAUCGUCUCUUGAUUGGAGUUGGCUUGAAGAAAUGGUAUCAGACAGACCCUGAAAUUCAUAUCUUGGUGUGGCAUUUGAUUUCUUGAGCCCUGAUCACCAAAAGACCAUGAGUCGGUAUGGAUUUGCGGUGGUGAAUGCUAUGAAGAAGAAUUGUAUUUCUGGAGCCUGGAAAAUGAAUCCUUCUGUCUCUCAGAAGUCUCUUGGUGUUUUAGUCGCACUGUUUCAGUUCAGCUAAGAUAACGCAAGAAUAUGCUGAACAUGCCAGUACGCUGCUUUAUCACUUUGUCACUGACUGUUAGCUUUCAAAUCACACUUGCUGCAGUAACAGUUUAUAAAGUUCUCUUAGAUUUUUUUCCCUAGCCUUACAAAAUGUAAUAAAAACAAUAAAUGAUGGAAAUCAUAUACAGCCCUGUCAACAAUAGCAAAGAUAAAAAUAUAGAUUUGCAAAUUGUUUUUUGUUCUAUGGAAGGGUCAACACUCAAAUGUUUUAAUCAGCUGUUGAUGGACUUGUAUACAUCUAGGAUUUACAGCUUCUGCCAUUUAAUUUCAUAUUUUAUUUCACUUAUUUACAUAAGUAUUUAUUCAGUGUCCAGUUUUUUUUUCAAAUUUCCUUCUACAUUUUGUACAGAGUCAAAUAACAGUCUGAGUUUUGUUUGUGAGUUUAUAGUUUGUGGAAAUGACCAUUUUAAUUCACCUUUCCACAAGUUGACUUGAGGAAUGUUACUGAGAGGAAAAUUCUUGUUACGGCUGAAUGUAGUACCUUGGGUUGUAAAGAGGCCAGAGAUUUCAAAACCUUGUGAGUUAUUUAGUUUAAUCACUGUGCAUGAUACUGUGGUUUCCACAGCUCCUAACAUAAUCUGAAGUGGUGGCCAUUGCACAGUGAUGUUCUCACUGAUGAUAUUUUUAAUGUGGCCCGGAGAUCUGACUAGAGGCUUUUGAUACAGAUUCCCAAAUAAUUUAUUUUAAGAAAAAUUAUCAAAUGAGUUUCUGUGGCUAUUAUUUUAUCAAAUGAAAUGAUGGGCUGCAGGUUUCCUAUCAUUUCAGUUCCACUUUUGAAAGGGGAAAUAAAUAUUUUUUAAAAUUCCCUGCUUGGAAGCUACAUUCUUUUAAAAGGAACGAUUUUGCCGUUACCAUAAACAGAAACAUAAAUUUGCGACGUGUAGCUGCCUGAACAGUUUGUCAAUUACUUUUGAAAACUUCCAACAAUUUUGUGUUAAACUCAAAGUUUGUCUCUGACCUCGCUACUCUAAUUUUAACUUUGCCUUCUUAGUAUUUUAAAGGAUUUGGCUAUCAUGAUUUUAAUUUGCAGUCAGCUCUGCAGAUUGUUUCUAAACAAAACAAUUUAACCAUCCAACUUUCAGAAUUUUGAUUUUUUUUUAAAAAAUGUGGGAGAUAUACUCAAUAAUAUGAAGUUUUUGCCACACCCUCAUUCCUCAUCUUCCUAAUUUUUGUCUAGAGGAGUAAAUAAUCCCUCCAAAGAAUCGGCCAUUAUUGCUCUAAAACUAGUUGUUGACUUGAUGCACCAAACAAAAAAAAAUUGCAGAACCUCUUUUUUUCUCUCUUUGCAAAGUAAUCUUGCAUCAGCAGUAGUGAGGUUGGCUUAUGCCUCAGUGUGCAACUUACUUUGUGCAUUCCCUAUCUGAUGUAAUAUCUUACUUUUAAAUUCAUGCGAAAAGAACAAAUACCAUAAUGUUUAAUUUUUUUAAAAUGUUCUGUUCAGUCAGCCAUUAAGCUAAAACGUAUUGCUUCUGUGACAUUAAAUAUGGUUGUGUAUAAGCAAAUACUUUUAUUUUAAUUGAUUAGUACAAAUUGAGACUUUUUGCAACUGACAAAUAACUAAAGAUGAAAGUCUAUCUGGUCAUUGGGAUGAUUCAAAAUGAGCAAUUGAAUAUUCACUGGAAAAUUAUUUAUUAUUUUUAUAAUACAAGAAAUUCAAACUACAGAAUACACUUUUUUUUAUAUAUAAAAUAACCCAAUGGAUUAUAGAAAAUAAUAAUGCUAGCUCUUCAAGUGAGCAAUGAGGGUCUGAUGUAGGUGAUCCAAUUUCCAUUCCCCAAGGUUUAUGUAGUUGAUGUUGUAUGAAUGUGUUUUUUAGCUGAAUUCCCUUUCUUAUUUCUGCUGUCAUGCACUUAGAGGCUGGAUCUUGAAAUGUGAAAAGUUUCAUAAUAUUUUUUCAGUUGCUUUUGCCUUUCUGAUUUUUAGGGGCAGACGUGCACUUAAAUAUGAUAUAAAUGCAGAGAUUGUGAAUCAAUGUGUUUGUCAUUUUGGUUUGCAGUAUCAUUUAUGCACGUGUGUGUAAUGUGGUUUGAAAGGAAAACAUACUCCUGGUGAAUUUGUAAACCCAAUGAUUACCUAGAAAUUCAAUUGUUUAAAGCUUUUUCAGCUUUUAGAAAUUGACUUUAACUAGAGUGAAAUGUGAUGAUGGCAAUUACUAGAUUGUUUCCUGUCACUCUGAAAAUUCAACCAGGUACUUCCCAGAGUGAAUCUGAUCUAUGCAUCCCAUUGAAUGGUCCUUUCAGAGGAUUACUGGGGCAGUUAGACCAAGUUUUUCUGGGCAACCAUCAUUGGGGAUCACAUCUCAUCAAGCAUCGGGGUUUGGAUUGAAUCUUGUAUUUGCCUUCUCAUGCUUUGGGGCUCAUCCCUGCUACACAGCAUUGAUCACCACCCCAAACUUACAGACCUUCCCAGCCCUCCAAUCAGCACAGUCUCAUGACCCCAGACUCUUGCCCUCAGACCUCUCUAUCUUUUCUUCUUCCCUCUUUCUCUUCAACUCUGAUCUUCCUGGCAAACCCUUAGCCCCAUUUCAGGCCACUUGCUUUGCUCACUGACCUAAUAUUUACUCCUGGGAAGCACAUACUGCAAUACAGAAAUGUGCCAUGCCCUUUGAGAGGUCUUGGGCUUCAUGUGCUACUGAAAUUUGCAACGACAGGCAAUCAAAAUGUUCAUUGUGCACCACUGCUGUGACCUAAUUGGUGGCCUAGCAUUUCUCGGCCAGUGUGCAUUUACUGGGAUUGCAAAACAAUAAUGUGACAAAUAUUAGGACGUUAGGUAUAUUUUAAUGUCUUAAUGCUUACCUAAAUCUUUUAUGAUAUACAGAAUCAACAUGGAGAAAUUUUACUCUUCAACUUAAACACACUCAUGUCCUCUUUUGUACCACAGAUUCUGCUGUCAGUUCUGCAUCUCUUGUCUGUAUCUUUCAAAAAAAAAGUUGUAUGGCAGCUUUGAUUGCACUUUGCACUUUUAAGAUGUCAUGUUGUUUUGAUUUUGUUUUAAUUCUGAAGUUUGUUCAUACUACCUAAAAUGCUCAUAUUCAAUGUAACAUGUUGAACACAAUGGCGUGUAAUGCCACACGUGCUUUAAAUACAUAAUACUUUUUUCUCUUGGAUUCGUGAAAAGAGGGAUGUGCACAUUUUCUGCAGACCCACAAGCUUUUAUGUUGAAAUAAACCGUUUCUUCAAUGUCAUAAAAUGACACAUGCAUACAUUCCACUGAUGAAUGUAUUUUUUAAAAAAAUGGAGUUUGGUGUACAGAUUUCUUUAGAAUGUAUCAGCCAUAACAAAUCAAAGUUUUGUAUUAUGUGUGGUUUUCGGGAUUUUCAGUUAUUAUACAUGAUGCCUCAGAGUACAUUUUGUUAUUGAUGUUGUAUUAUUGUUCCUCCUUCAAUUUAAUUAUAUUUAUGCAUCUCUUAAGUAUCAAAAACAUUAAGAGCCCCUCAUUAAGGUCCUCAUUCCUCCAUUGCAAAUUAUCACCUCAUCCCAACUCCCUCUUCAUUGACAAAAUUAUUGAACUUUCUGUUGCUCCCUUAAUCUCUUUCUGUCUUUUCCAAAACUUUGUUUGACUCUCGACAUCUUUAGCACAGUACUGAAGCACAUCUUCUCCAAGCCCCCUCCUCUCCUUUCCCAACUUGCCUGCAGCAAUCCUGCAGAAUCCUCCUCUUUACUGUCACUGAUCAGGGUAAGACUCCAGUCCUAACACCAGCCCUAAGCUGACUCUAUCCAAUUAUAUCCAAAAGAAUUACAUCCAAGACCUUUCCUUCCUCACAAAUUAUUACUUCUAAGUAUCCCCCAAAAGUCUGUCCUUGACACCCUCUGAUUUCUCAUCUGCCAGAGACAUACGAGAGCAGUGUCAUUUGCCCUGUAGGCUGAAGACCCCCAGCUGUAUCUCACCACCACCUCACUUGACCUUUUCAGUACCCCUAAAUCUCCCUGCCACAGUCAUAAUUCCCUAGCUAUCUCCCUAGCAAUCACUUGAGGAUGACAAAGACUUUGCAAUCUUGGUCUCCCUUUUGAGCUUAAAAUAGGUUCCUGACCACAUAGCCAUGUCAUUGCUGUCACUUCCCAUUCCCACCUCUGUAAUGUUGUGUGCCUCCAUCUUACCUCAGCUCACCUGCUACUGAAUACCUCAUUCACGUCUUUAUUACCUUUUUGGAGUUGACUAUUCCUGAAGAGACUUUAAACUUCCAUAAACAUGAGGUCACCCACAACCCUGCUCCUCUUGUCCUAGCUCACACCAAAUCUGAUCACCCAUCACUCCCGUACUUGCUCUCAGUUAAGCAGCAACUAAAUUUUAAGAUUGGUGUAAUUAGUAGCCUUGUCCCUCCUCUUUCAAUAUCCUUCAUCCUUUGAACCCACCGAGAUAUCUGUGCUCCUCCAAAUCUGGUCUUCUACGCCUCCUGUUUACUUGAUCUACUUUUGGCAAUCACCAAAGCCCUAAAUUCUGGAUUAUUCUCCUUAAAUCUUUCUGCCUCUCUCACUCCCUCAUUCCUCUUCCAAGUCACCCCUUAAAACCCAUGUCUUUGAACUUGCUGUCUUAAAAUCCCUUAUGUGGCUUGUGUCAAAUUUUGUUUCUUAAUAAUCCCAUAAAACAUUGGAGAUGUUUUACUGCGUUAAGGGUGCAACAUAAAUGCAGAUGUUCUUGUCAAUGUAGAAUGGUUUGUGUGUUUUGAUUGAUGUUUCAAAAGGUGCAAGAUGUAAAUGACUCAAGUCCAUUGCUGUGGAAUUAUUUUAAACUGACGGAAAAG